UUCUGCAUUGCAUCGCAACGCCCCCUCCCGCCAUGCCCAUCGGAUAAUAAAACUAGCCAGUGGGAUCCUGGAAGAUCCGGAAGCCUGCCCACACGUCUGCUGCUUUAGAAGAAGGCGGUCGAAGGUCAGCAUGGCGUACUGCAGCCUCUUCCGCCGCUUGAACUCCUCUCUGAGCCAGGCUCUCUGCCUGGUCCCGAAGAUGCCGCAGAACCAGCACUGCCCCAUGGCCACGCUUAACCAGAUGCAUCGCCACGGCCGCCCCAAAUGGCCCCCGGCCCGCCCCGGCCCCUUGGACGGCUGUCCCCAGCUCAAGGCCGUGGUGCUGAAGACGAUGAUCCGGAAGCCCAAGAAGCCCAACUCUGCCAACCGCAAGUGCUGCCGCGUGCGCCUGAGCACAGGCCGUGAGGCCGUCUGCUUCAUCCCCGGCGAGGGCCACAGCCUGCAGGAGCACAGCGUGGUCAUGGUGGAGGGAGGCCGCACCCAGGACCUGCCAGGCGUCAGGCUCAAGGUCGUGCGGGGCAAGUACGACUGUGGCCACGUGCAGAAGAAGAAGUGACGGGGUGGCUGGGACGGAUGGACAGAUGUGGCGGGAGCCUGGGCAGCGAACAGGCGAAUAAUACCGUUGUGAUGACCCUUUA